AAGCACAAGUUGAAGAGAAUUACUUAAAUGAUUACUACCUCUUUAAAAAAGGAUGUUGUUUUUGUUUUAGGUGCCCCGAAUUCUAAGGGGUUAGGUCUUUUUUAGCAAAACGGGUCCACGCUAGUAAACCUGGCUGUCCGAUUUCCAGCUCACGGAAUCGCUGAGGCAUUCAUGUCUCAGCUCUUCAUCCUUGUCCCGAGCCUCCUUUUCCUCCAGAUUUUCCCAACCCAGAAACAUCAUUUCAUCUUCCCUGAAAUUACCCCCGGAAAAGAACACAAAGAAAAUUGAAGAAUUAACUUCUGCAUCGGUUUUCUUUCAGCUUCAAACAACUCUGUUUCUUCUUCUUCUUAAAGAAUGGCGUUUCUGUUUGGUCUUGUGGUGGGAGUCAUCGUCGGCCUAGCUUUGAUAGUCGCGUUUGUGAAAUCUGAGAACGCCCGAUCCAAACGGCGCUCCGAGCUCGCCAAUACUGUUGCGGCGUUUGCGAGGAUGACGGUUGAAGAUUCUAGAAAGAUUUUCACCCAGGAUCAGUACCCUUCUUGGCUUGUCUUCUCUAAGAGACAAAAGUUGAAAUGGCUUAAUAGUCAUCUUGAAAAGAUCUGGCCUUCUGUGAACGAGGCAGCCUCGGAAUUGAUCAAGAUGAAUGUAGAGCCGGUUCUUGAGUCAUACCGUCCGGUUGUUCUAGCCUCGUUAAAGUUUUCAAAGUUCACUCUUGGCACGGUUGCUCCUCAAUUUACAGGAGUAGAAAUCAUUGAAGAUGGAAGUGAAGGUAUAACCAUGGAGCUAGAGAUGCAAUGGGAUGGAAAUCCGAGUAUAAUACUUGAUAUUAAGACUUACCUUGGUGUUGCACUACCAGUCCAGGUGAAAAACAUUGGUUUUACUGGGAUUUUCAGGCUGAUCUUCCGCCCACUUGUCGAUGAGCUCCCUUGCUUUGGAGCAGUUUGUGUGUCUUUAAGGCAAAAGAAAAAUCUCGAUUUUACACUUAAAGUAGUUGGUGGCGAUUUGACGGCAAUACCCGGCAUUGCUGAUGCAAUUGAGGGUACAAUACGAGAUGCGAUUGAAGAUUCUAUCAUGUGGCCUGUCCGAAAAGUUAUUCCUAUACUACCCGGGGAUUACAGUGAUCUUGAACUGAAGCCGGUCGGGAAGUUAGAGGUGAAACUUGUUCAAGCAAAGGGUCUAACAAAUAAAGACAUCAUCGGAAAGUCUGAUCCUUUUGCCGAGUUAUAUGUGCGCCCUGUACGGGAUAAAAUUAAAAAAAGCAAGAUCAUUAACAAUGAUUUGAACCCGGUCUGGAAUGAGCAUUUCCAGUUCGUUGUUGAAGAUCCAUUAACACAACACUUAGUGAUUAAGAUCUAUGAUGAUGAAGGGCUGCAAGCGAGCGAGCUGAUUGGAUGUGCUCAUGUUAGGUUGAAUGAACUUGAACCUGGAAAAGUGAAGGAUGUAUGGCUACCAUUGGUGAAAGACUUGGAAAUACAAAGAGACAAAAAAGAUAGGGGCCAUGUGAACUUGGAGCUGUUGUACUGCCCUAUUGGCAUGAAGAACGGGUUCACAAACCCCUUUGAUGAUAAGUUUUCAAUGACUUCUUUAGAAAAAGCUCUUAAAAACAGCACAGAACUGAGAGAAAAUGGGGGCGAUAUCAAAAGGGAGGUAAUUGUACGAGGGGUACUUUCAGUCACUGUCAUAUCUGCAGAUGACCUUCCCCCAGCUGAUCUUCUCGGAAAAGCUGAUCCCUAUGUUGUGCUUACUUUAAGGAAGGCCGGCACAAAGAACAAAACCAGAGUUGUCAUGGACAAUUUGAAUCCAGUUUGGAAUCAGACUUUUGACUUUCUUGUCGAAGAUGGGUUGCAUGAUAUGCUGACUCUAGAAGUCUAUGAUCACGACACAUUUAAGAAGGAUUACAUGGGAAGGUGUAUCUUAACAUUGACGAGGGUAAUAAUGGAAAGUGAAUAUAAAGAAUCGUACGAACUGGACGGUGCCAAGUCAGGGAAGCUCAACUUGCAUCUCAAGUGGACACCACAACCAAUUUACAGGGACACCUAACUCUUCGGGUUGUGUUUCCGGAAAUACCCUCUCGGGUUCGACUCAAAUUUUGUAGAUACAUUGCCACCGAAACUCAGAAUCCCUGAAGAUUGUCGUUGUAACGUUUCGUGUACAUAGUGUAAUUCCAUUAGUUUGCUGGAGAAAGAUUUAUAGAGGGUUAUAUAUAUAGCUCCAAAUUCUAUUUGUGUGUAGUUACUAGAGUGAAUAAAAGAGGGAGAUUUGUUUUUAUGCCUUGGUUUAUAGCUUGUGCUUGUGUUUUUCAUGCUUUAUGUCAAGUUUUUAGAAUUGGUUUGUAUGUUUCGUUUGUCUUUGUCUAUACUUUGUUUCUACUUCUGUAUUUGAGUCGGGGACUCGGGGAUUUAUUGAAAACAAUCUCUCAGUCUGGAUGUUGUUGGAUU